GGCUGGGAGAAUGUAAUGUCGUUAUGCGGAGGCCGCGGUGGCGGCAGCGGCGACCAAGACGGCGGGGACGGCGGCGAGGGCUCCGGGGGCUCCGGCGGCAGCAGCGGCGGCUCCUCCAGCCCAGCCCCUCCCGGCCCCGCGGGCCUGCUUUGCCGGCGGCUGCGCGGCGCCUCUCUGAUGGCCCGGCGGAGGCCCGAGCUGCUGUGCGGGGUAGUGGCCGUGGGCUGCGCGCUGCUCCUGGCCCUCAAGUUCACCUGCAGUCGUGCAAAAGAUGUGAUAAUACCAGCAAAACCACCAGUAAAUUUCUUCUCUUCAAGAUCUCCUGUCCUUGACCUCUUCCAAGGACAGUUGGACUAUGCAGAAUACAUUCGUCGAGAUUCAGAAGUGGUGUUGUUGUUUUUCUAUGCUCCAUGGUGUGGACAGUCCAUUGCUGCAAAGGGAGAAAUUGAACAAGUAGCAAGCAGGCUUGCAGACCAGGUGUUAUUUGUGGCAGUUAACUGUUGGUGGAACCAAGGGAAAUGCAGAAAACAGAAACACUUCUUUUACUUUCCUGUAAUAUAUCUGUACCAUCGGAGUUUUGGACCAAUUGAAUACAAAGGCCCCUUGCGUGCUGUUUACAUUGAGAAGUUUGUUCGACGGGUGAUGACGCCACUUCUCUACAUCCCCGCUCGGUCAGAAUUACUAGAUUUUCUCUCAAAUUAUGAGCCUGGAGUACUUGGAUAUUUCGAAUUCAGUGGUUCUCCCCAGCCUCCUGGUUAUUUGACAUUCUUUGCUUCAGCUUUACAUUCAUUAAAGAAAGAUUAUCUAGGAACAUUACGCUUUGGUGUUAUCACAAAUAAACGUCUUGCCAAACUGGUGUCCUUGGUGCACUCUGGAAGUGUGUAUUUACAUAGGCAUUUCAACACAUCACUUGUCUUUCCCAGAGAGGUAAUGAACUACACAGCUGAAAAUAUUUAUAAAUGGGCUUUGGAAAACCGAGAAAUGCUUGUUCAAUGGCUGCGACCACAUGGAGGGAAAAGUCUUCUUCUGAAUAAUGAACUCAAGAAAGGACCAGCACUUUUUUUAUUUAUACCUUUUAAUCCCUUAGCAGAAAGUCAUCCUCUGUUAGAUGAGAUUACCGAAGUGGCCUUGGAAUACAACAACUGUAAUAAAAGUCAGGUAGUUGAACAACUACUUCAACACCUGAGACACGUGGAUUCAUCAACAUUGGAUUCUCUGGUAUCCAACCCCCCAAUCCAACUGGCAGAAUCAUCUUCAAUAACUGAGUCCCCAUGCUGCAAUACUGUGGUGCUUCCUCAAUGGCAUUCCAUCUCAAGAACCCACAAUGUCUGUGAGCUUUGUGUCAACCAGUCAGUUGGGAUUAAGCCAAGUAAAGUCAGUGUGCCACAGUGCAGUUUUUUUGAGAUAGCAGCAGCUUUGGAUUCAUUCUACCUCAAGGAACACACCUUCUAUCAAGUUACAUCAGAUAGCAUAGAAUGCAGCAAUUUUUUAAGUUUCUAUAGUCCUUUUAGCUACUAUACUGCAUGUUGCAGGACCAUGCGUAGGGGCUUGACUAAUUCUGAAGAGGAUAUCUUUCAGUCCCCUUCCAUCGCAUUUUCUUCCCAUGAGAAGAAAUGCAAGGUUGAUAACCCAAGUUCUGUUCCUCACAUUGAGGAGAGCAUCUCUCUCUUUCCUGAAGUUGAUAUUAAUAGCACAGGUAUCACAGGCCUGAGCUGCAGGACCAACAAGACCUUGAACCUUUAUCUAUUGGAUUCAAAUUUGUUCUGGUUGUAUGCAGAAAGGCUGGGUGCAUCAAGUUCGACUCAGGUUAAAGAGUUUGCCGCUAUUGUUGAUGUAAAAGAAGAAUCUCAUUAUAUCUUGGACCCCAAACAAGCUCUUGUAAAGCCUGCUCUAGAGUCUUUUAUUCAGAACUUCAGCGUUCUCUACAGUCCAUUGAAAAGGCACCUUAUUGGAAGUGACACUGUCCAUUUUCCUUCUCAGCACCUAAUCUCUGAAGUAACAACUGAUACGUUUUGGGAAGUAGUCCUUAGAAAACAGGAUGUUUUGUUGCUAUAUUAUGCACGUUGGUGUGGGUUCUGUGCAUCUCUUAAUCAUAUUUUCAUCCAGCUUUCUCGUCUCCUGCCUCCAGAUAAAUUCACUGUGGCCAGGAUUGAUAUAGCUCAGAAUGAUCUUCCCUGGGAAUUUAUGGUUGACCAUCUCCCUACUAUUUUGUUUUUUCCAUGUAACAGGAAGGACUUGAGUGUGAAGUUUCCCGAGGACUCUCCCAUCACCCUUCCCAAUCUGCUGAAGUUCAUUUUGCGUCAUUCAGACCCCAUUUCUACUGUUGGGAGCUCAGCUGACCCCCAAACCAAAGAACAUCUUCAGAAUGAGGCAGUAUUACAGAAAGGACAUAUAUCCCACUUGGAGAGAGAGAUUCAUAAAUUAAGAGCAGAAAUCACUACUCUUCACCAGGCUCAAGCCCAAGUGGAAUCCCAACUUUCAGAUGCCAGGAGAGAUAAACACAGACUACAAAAGCAAAAACAAACACUGGAAAAGCAACAUAGUGUUCUUCAGCUUCACAGUGAGCAGUUAGAGGCUCUGUAUGAGCAGAAAACCAGAGAGCUGGAGGAGAUGGCGCUGAAGCUUCAAGAAUUAGCAGAUGCAUCGGAAAACCUUUUAACUGAAAAUGCUUUACUGAAAAUCCUGGUAGCAACAAUGGAAGGAAAACUAGAAAAUAAAGAAGAAUCUGAAAAAUCUAAUACCCUACAAGAGACGUUUUCUUAUGAAACUGAACUCCAGUCACGAGACAACACAAAACUUGCCACUAAUAUGAGUUCUCCUAUGGCUUCUGAACAGAAUAAUGAAAAUAGGACAGAUUGAUUUUUAAGAUAAUAUGAAGAAAUCAGAAGGGACAGCUACAUACCAGGAAGAUAAUUUAUGCAAAUUUUAUUGAAAUUCAUUGUAAAUAAAAAAUUUUUCUCAGUGGUCUAGAAAA